GCACCUUACCUCACCUUUCAAGUCGACCUACCAGUAGAGUGUAGAGUGUUCAGUAACCUGAGUUUAAAGUGUUCAGUGUUUAUUUUUCACUGUGAAAUUCUAAAACAAAAUGUGAUAUUUGUUCAUGUUCAAGAAAACAGUGCAAUUUUUGGAAUAUUAGCAAAUUUUGAAAGAAAUGAAAACCAUGUUAUUCCGAAAUUAGGAUAAAUCAAAAUGGACUGGAAUACCGGAGAUUUGAUAUGGUUUGACCCAGGAGUCGGCCAUUGGCUUCCUGGAGAAGUACUAGAAUGUCACAAGAGCGCCAACGUUCUUACUGUACAAGCAAUCAUCAAUGGCAAGGCUCAAACAUUUGCUCUGGCAGAAGGAGAAGGACAAGUUCGAAGACGACAAGACCUUGGCACGAAAGGCGUUGAAGAUAUGAUAACUCUGUCCGACCUUCAUGAAGCUGCUUUGUUAUGGAAUUUGAAGCUUCGAUACGACCACGACCUCAUCUACACUUACGCAGGUUCUAUUUUGGUAGCUGUUAAUCCUUACAGAAACUUCGAUGGAAGCUACGGAUUGGAAAGUGCGCAGAGGUAUAGAGGUAGAAUGAUUGGAGAUUUGCCUCCGCACUUAUUUGCUUUAGCAGCCGCUGCUUAUUCUGCGUUACCAACGCCACAGGUUGUAGUGAUUAGUGGAGAAAGUGGUUCAGGAAAAACAGAAUCAACCAAAUUAGUCAUGCAGUAUCUUGCAGCAGUAGCCCCGUCCGCACCAAGGGGUCAAGCCUUAGUAACAGAACAAAUUCUCGAAGCUGCACCUCUACUAGAAGCUUUUGGUAACGCUAGAACGGCUAAAAACGAUAACAGUUCAAGAUUUGGAAAAUAUCUUGAGGUUUAUUUUAAGCAUGGGGCUAUUAUAGGUGCCAAAGUGACUGAAUAUUUAUUAGAAAAGUCUAGAAUAGUUACACAAGCUCCUGGAGAGAGGAACUAUCAUGUUUUUUAUGAACUGUUAGGGUCAUUGAGUCAAACUGAAAAGCAGAAAUAUGGACUUAUUGAUGCGGAUAAAUAUUUUUAUUUGAAUCAAGGAGGUGGAGAUUGUGGACCAGGACACUCAGGAUCAGGUGCAGACUGGAAUGCUUUGACAAGAGCCAUGCAAGUGUUGGGGAUUGGCGAAGCUGAACAAGAAGUUGUUAUUAAAAUAUUAGCUUCAGUUCUUCAUUUAGGAAAUAUAUAUUUCCACCGGAGACAAUUAAGACAUGGACAGGAAGGUGUUGAAGUGGGAUCAGAGGUAGAGAUCAAGUGGGCAGGUCAUCUUUUGCAAAUUUCCUCGUCAGGAUUGCAGAGGGCCUUGACAUCAAGAAUAACAGAGGCUCGGGCCGAGAAAGUGUACUCCCCGUUGACGAUUGAUCAAGCGUUAGAUGCUAGAGAUGCUUUUGCGAAAUCUCUCUAUUCUGUUUUAUUUAAUUGGUUGGUAACGCGUAUUAAUUCCAUUGUUCAAAAAGGAGGACUUCAUGAUGCUGCGCGAAUAUCUCUUUUGGACAUUUUUGGAUUCGAGAAUCUCAAUGAUAACUCAUUUGAGCAGUUGUGUAUCAACUUUGCUUCCGAAUCUUUGCAACUAUAUUUUAACAAGCACGUAUUUAAACUGGAGCAACAAGAAUAUGCUAAAGAAAGAUUGGAAUGGACCAAUCUAACAUGGACAGACAAUACCCCAGUUAUCAGUCUCUUGGGUAAAAAGCCAGUAGGCAUUCUUCAUCUUCUAGACGAUGAAAGUAACUUCCCUAAAGCCUCAGACUCUUCAUUUUUGGAAAAAUGUCAUUAUAACCACGCCUUGAACGAAAACUACUGCAGACCUAGAGUAGGAGGAAGGGAAUUUGGAAUUCGACACUAUGCUGGUCAAGUCUGGUACUCAGUUGAUGGAUUCCUGGAAAAGAAUCGUGAUUCCUUAAGACCUGACGUCAUCGAACUCAUAGCAUCGAGUAAAAAUGAUUUGAUCAGUGCUAUUGCUAAGCCAUUGCUACAUCAUAUCCAAACUAGAACGCUUCCUAGAGGUACCAAUGGUAGAUUUGUGACCAUGAAACCCAGGACUCCAACAGUGGCAGCAAGAUUUAGUGACAGCCUCCACAAUCUGCUAGAAUCAAUGUCAAGAUGUAAUCCUUGGUUUAUAAGAUGCGUUAAGCCGAACAAUGAUAAGGCACCAAUGCGGUUUGAUAUGCCUGUUGUUCUGGAACAGUUAAGGUACACCGGAAUGUUGGAUACUAUAAGAAUUAGACAGUGCGGAUAUCCUGCAAGAAUGAAGUUCCACCAAUUCGUGGACAGAUACAGAUACCUUUUGAGGAGAAUACCCCGUGGAGCGCCAUACAGAGAUCUUUGCAGAUCUAUUUUAGAACAAAUGCCACCAACAGGCACUGAAGGUCCCGAUUUCCAAUUAGGGGCCACAAGAGUAUUUCUUCGGGAAAACCUAGAACGUCGUUUAGAAUCAACCAGAGGAGAGUCUCUAAGAGGCGCUGCUGUAUUGAUACAGAAGAACGUAAGAGGUUUUUUAGUUAGAAAACGAUACAAAAGAAUAAAGAGAAGCGCCACUACUAUUCAAAAGCAUUGGAAGGGCUAUACACAACGAAGGAAGUAUCAAACCGUGAAAAAAGGCGUCAUCAAAGCACAAGCUUUGUACAGAGGUCGAUUGGAAAGGAAACGGUUUGAAAAGAGGAAAGCUGAAUAUAGAAGAAAAGUCGAUGCAGAAAAAAUAGCUAAAGAAAGAGCUAAACAAAGAGCAGCUAGAGAAGCCCAGUUACAAGCUCAAGCUCAAGCACAGGCGCAAGCCCAGGCUCAAGCCCAGGCUCAAGCACAUGCUCAAGCACAUGCUCAGGCACAAGCUCAGGCACAGGCUCAAGCACAUGCUCAGGCACAAGCACAGGUACAAGCUCAAAAACAACAAGCAGCUAAAAUCAAUUCCAAAAUCAGUGUUAACCAUUUGGAUAUACCCGCGGAGCUAGCUUUCAUCUUUUCAAAAUUAGAGAAUUAUACCCCACCUCACACCGAAAAGAGUUUAAUGAAGGUAUUAGGAGGUGUAACAGGAUCCUCUCCGCCUCUUUCUUUACCUCUAGAUUUAGAUCAAUUCGAAUUUUCAAAAUUUUCCUCAGUAUAUUUUAAAGGGUCAGAUAUGAGGAUGAAAAAAGAACCUAUUACAGCUCCAUUCUUAUCCAAAGCUGCUACUAGAGACGAAGAUUUUCAAGAUGCCGUAGCUCUUUUUAAACUCAUACUUCGGUGGUCCAAUGACCAACAACUAUCUGGUGCUAGAGAAAAGGCAUUAGCUGAUUAUAUUGUUUACAAAGGAUUGAGUUCCAAAGGUUUAAGGGAUGAACUUUUGAUUCAGUUGUGUAACCAAAUCCAUCAAAAUGAAAAUUCUGAGAAGGUUUGCCAGCUUAUGGCACAUUGUUUGAGUUGCUUCCAGCCUAGUCCAGCUUUGCAUAAGUAUCUCCUCAAGUAUGUUAGUGAUCAUGUUCCCGAAAAUAUUAAAGAAACUCUUCAAAGAAAAAUUUCAAGAGGGCUUCAAAGAACGCCACAUGCCAGAAUUUACCCUCCAUCUCUGUUAGAGUGGCGCAGCAUUCGGCAAGGGUAUAACACAGCGCUAACAUUAACUCUCCCGGACAAAAGUAUUUCGACAGUAAUUGUAGAUUCUUGGACAACUUGUGAAGAAGUCGCAUCUUUAGCAGUAUCCUCCCUUGGUGCGAAUUGUGAUGGCUGGAUGGUAGUUAUGGAUGAUUCUUCAAUAAUAACAGAAGGCAGUGGUCUAGAUUAUAUUCUUGAUCUAGUAUCUGAAUUGGAAUUGUUACCAGCGUUUCCAGCGCCAAAAUCUGCAAAACUGAAAUAUGGCUCUAAACGUCAAUCCAUUGCAGAACCAGAAACCAGUCACACUUCACAUUCACCAGCAAGACCUCAAGUACCACCUCCUGAACCUCCAACUAAUAGAGAAAGAAAAAGUUCAAAUAGGCAUUCAACGCCUAUUCAGUUGCCUUCUUCCAGGAACGGAUCUAGAAAAUCUUCCAAAGAAGUUCAAGAAUAUACUAGACCACCUCCAAGAGAAAUGCAAACCAGUAAUGCACCAACUUCCAGAAAAACAUCUCACGACGCUCUAUCUAGAAGUUCAGCUCUUAAUGAAAGAUACUUUGAUAUAGAAAAAGUUAGAUCGCGAAGUUUAGAUAAUUUACUGAGCGAGCCUGAACCCAGCCCAUUAGUGGAUUUGGGAUUAAGUCAGUCGUCAAAACUCAACGAAAGAUACCAUUCAGUUGAACAACUUAGUUUAAUAAAACCGGUUAUAGCUAAUCAAAAUUACCAUCCAAAGCAAGAAGAAUUUGAAUAUCCAGACGUAUCCAGCGUUAGUACUUCAAAUAGAGGAGGACCUAGAUAUAUUAAAUCAGCUUACGCAGCUAAGAAGGCGCCUCCUGGUUCUCAUUCUAGUAAAGCAUACAUCGAGAAAUCUGAAUUUGGAGGAGUGAGAAGCUCAGCUAUGUCUGAUACGAGUGAAGCACCUAGUUUAGCCAGCCAUGUUAGAAGAGUCAGGGUACCUAGUCAAGCGUCAGAUGUUGACCAAUUUUUAGAUGAACUCUUUAGCCCUGUAUUAGAUGGAAAUCUUGAUGAAUUAAGUGAUGCUAGGUCUAUAGCAGCCAGCGUUAAAGGUGGAGAAAUCGAAUCUAACAACGAAAUUCUAGAUAAAUUUUUAGACUCAGUUUUAGAAAAUUUAGAAUAUACUGAUGUUGAUAUGUCCAAAACUAGUACCAUAGUUAACAAUAUAAAAGGUGGAGGUGAUAGAAUCCGAAAAGAAAGCCAGAAUAGUGCUAUAUUAGAUAAAGAAGUAGAGAAUUUAACUGCACAAAAUAAAGCAAAGAAUGGUGAAAAUGUAGAUGAUUAUAUAAGUGAUCUUUUUAAGCCAAUUUUUAUCAAUGAUAGUGUUAAGAAUCUUACUGAAAAAAUGAAUUUAAUAGACAGUAUUAAAGGAGGUGGCGCAACGCAAGGUGAUGCUGGUACGUCAAGUUACAGUUUACCAACUAUCCCAGCACCUCUAGUAAACUCAACAAACCUCAUGAUGCCUCUAUUAAGUCCCACACAAGAAGGUUUCAUGCCUGUGUUUAAUAUACCUGGAAUAAACGGUGUCGGUAGCAAUUUACAACAAAAUGGAACCGAUUUAGCAGCAUUUCAACACAAUCUACAACGAGCAUUUUUGCAGUCUGCUAUGGCACAAAAUAUGCAGAUUCAACAACAACUUAUAGCACAAAAUCAAGCCCUUCAACAGCUUUUAACUCAACAGAAUCCGUUACCAAGCGAUGUCAACGAUGGUGUUACUACAACUGUAAAAGCACAGGUACACCAAACAAACCAUUUCAAUCAAAAUAGAAAGCCUAGUUUCAAGUCUGGAAAUAACAGAAAAUCAAUUUCACCGAUAAAUCGUAAAUCUAGUUCUGAUUCUAAUAUGAGUAUUAUUAGUAAAAACGGUAUUCCUCCCCCUCCACCGCCUCCAAUGCCCCCGCCAUUGGAAGCUACUGAUCCUAAUGAAGUAAGGCCAUUUUUAGAUCCAUAUGGUCGAGCUAAAACAGUAAGGAUAGGUAAAUGGAGAUGGCCACCACCAAAAGAUAGCAAUAAUCCAGAAACUGGUGAAGACUUCAUGCAUUUUAAAUUGAGACAGCAUCAUCGUAAAGUUACCCCUAAUAAAGAUCAAUCCUUAGUUCUAAAUGGUCAUAACAACCAAGCUUACAUUAAGGACAAAUCUUCACUUGAAUGGGAAGACAUUGAAUACGAACCUUCUCCAAGAGAAAAUGAAAAAACAAGUAAACUAAAUGGCAAAAGAACUUUUGAAAUUGGCGCAUCUAGGCCCUCUCCUGGUAGUGUUGGAAAAUUAAAAUUAAGUUCCGAGAUGAAGAAGAGGUUGGAGAUGGUUACCGCUAACCACUCCGUGAGAUCUACUAGUAGUACAGACAAACCAACUAGAACCGUUAAUAAAUUAGAAGAUACUAGGAAAAUGAUGCUAGAACAACAACUUACUGGUAGAUGGGAUGAUUCUAGAGACAAUAGCGGAAAAUCUAGUCCAGAGUCUCCAAUGAACAAUGGUACAAAAUCACCAACGUCUCAAAGUUGGGGAAGUUCCAAUUGGAAACCAGGACCGCCACCUCCACCAGUUGGUCCAAAUACCCUUCCACCUAUACCAUCUGGUCCAGCACCACCACCUCCAAUAAUACGUCCCCAUCAUGCUUCAGGACAAGAACCAUCUAGGGAAUUAUCAUUUAUGUCCCAAAGACAGGAUCGAGAUACUUUUGGAGUUCACCAGAAUCUCAUGAACCAAAAUAAUUCCAAAAGAAAUUCCUUCAGUACCAAUUGGGAUGUACAGAGUAAUGCGACUUUGGAUACUACUGAUGAUGUUCAUGAGUGGACGAAGGACAAGCGGGAUGCACAACUUAACGGUCGUCGAGAUAGUUGGGAUCUUGGUGAAACUACUACCAACACAUCUGUUGAGGGGAAAUACAUGGUUGAAAUGUGGGACAGAGAUGAUGUAAAGUUUGAAAAAAACAGAAAAUUGCGGAAAGUAUCCGACCAAGAGUCGGUAGAAAGGCCAACAUUUAAAACACACAUGUUGUCUAAAAGCGCACAAGAAAGGGAGAAAAAACAUUCCACAGGCUCGACCCAACUAACAGACAAAACUGAGAGAAAUGAAGUACAUGAUUGGCCAGAGUUUAUGCGUCCUAUUCAUACUCCACCGGCCAAAUCACCAAUUACUACGCAACCGGUCCAGCAAGAAAAAGAAAGAGCUACACCCAAAACUGCAUCAAGUCUCUUGCCACUAGGUACUUCAGCUUGUGUAACUUACAACAGAAUCCCAUGGUUGUUAAGGGUUAGGAAAGAGGUAUUUUCUCCAUCAGAACCCUUAGGACACCUAACAACAAUGCAUCUGAUAUUUUGCCAAGUGGUGAUGGAUGUGUAUGGAUUGACGCCCUGCAUAAGAUUGUCUCAAAGUGAAAAACGGGCAGGAGUUAAUAUGCUUUCUGGAUAUGGAGUAACUGCUGAAAAUUAUAACAAUAAUCAUAGGGCAAAUGUGAAAAGGAACGUUAUAGAAUUAGCCAGAACUUGGCCACUGUAUUUUUCCAGACUCUUUCCAGUUUCUGGAGCUGCUCAACUUUCUGAUAUCCAGUUUGUUGCUGUUUCUCAUUGGGGUAUCCACUUAGCUAAGCGGGAACAAAGCUGUCUUCAAGUAUUGAAAUCUUAUCCAAUGUCUGAGAUCUCCAUGUGUACAGCACCAAGACCGACCAAUAUAAUAUUGGAUGUACCACAGACAAAACUGAAUUUGUAUACUCCAAGAGCCCAGCAACUUUCAGAGAUGGUUAUGAAAUUCUCUACUGAACACAGAAAGCUUCAGUCAAAAACACACUGGGACGCAUCCUCACCACAACGAGCACGUUCUCCACCAGUAGAACAAUUUGAAUUAUUAGUCAACAGUAGCAAUCACAAUAACCACAACAACAGUAGUAACCACAACAACAGUAGUAACCAAAACAACAGUAGUAACCACAACAACAGUAGUAACCACAACAACAGUAGUAACCACAACCCCAUCAACAAUAUCACUAAUAAUAACGUCAAGUCUCUCAGAAAUAGCAUCCAAGAUACGUUGCCAAAGCAUCAGCCGAGGGGAGAUGGAGGCCAAUCUCCAAGUAGUCCUCUUCCUCCAAACGGGAGAUAUUCCUUGUUGCAAUUUGCCAUGCAGAACUUUAGGCAGGCAGCUGAAUUAGAACAUUUGAAGAUGGACUCUAUGGCGAAAUCGAAAGAAAAAAGAAAAGAAUGGACGUGGAAGCAACACACAGACUUAAUAAAAUGGCAAGGAGUCCCAAUUGAUGGCCCACUUUUAAAAUUAGAUGAUCCCGAAAUGUAUCCUCUCUCUGUAGAAUGUUUCGAAUGUAUUUUGAGGUACUGUGGAGAUCUACCUCUUACGCCCGAAAUGUCAGAGGUUAAAUGUGUCUACACUGUUUUAAUGCACUGUCACAAAUUCAUCCAACUUCGUGACGAAGUCUAUUGCCAGCUCAUGAAACAAACCACUAAUAACAAAUCCCCACAUCCUGAAUCCUGUCAGCGAGCCUGGCGACUCUUAUCCGUCGUUGCAGCCUAUUUCGCGUGCUCCGACGUGCUUCUGCCUUUCCUCACCGAACACCUGACAAGUGCAGCUAAUGACCGAAGGAGGAUAUGUCAUGGAACAGCGGCAGUAUGUCUAUCGAACCUUAGGAAAACGCAGAGAUGUGGUGGAAGGAAGAACGUACCUUCGGUAGAAGAAGUAACAGCUGUCAGUGCUGGAAGAAGUGCUAGAAGGCAGAUCUAUAGGUUACCUGGUGGCGCUGAACGGGUUGUUAAUACAAGGUGUAGUACAGUGGUUGCCGACGUUAUUAGCGAACUAUGUACCCUAAUAGGCAUAACCAGUGAAGUAGAACAACAAGAAUUUAGUUUGUACUGUAUAGUUCAAGGUGACGCUUUCACCAUGCCAUUAGCUGCAGACGAAUAUAUUCUAGAUGUCACCACAGAACUGCAUAAAGCUGCUCAACCUUUCUACCUUAUCUUCUGCAGAUCUGUUUGGUAUCACCCUUUAAAACACGAUACUAGUCCAUUGUAUACUGAAGUCCUCUUCAACCAAGUAGCUCCAGAUUACCUAGAAGGUCUUCUUCUAAGGUUAGGUAGCACCAGUCUUCCGUCAAGUGUGAUUCGAGACAUGGCCUUGAUAGCAGCAUUGCUCCACAGAGCAGCAGACCUCGGCCAUUCUCCAAGCCUUAAAGAGGUCAAAUUUUUGCUGCCUAAACCCGUAUUAGCUAUAAGAGAACCCAGACCUGCUCAGUGGCUAGCCUUAGUCCAAACUUCAUGGGGCCAAGCUGCUAAUAUACCUGUUUCUACAGCUAAACAUCGAGUUUUGCAGGUUUUGAGUAACUGGUCAUUAUUUGGUAGCUCGUUCUUCGCUGUUAAAAGAGUUAUUGGUGAAACCGACAACUGGCAGGAACAUAUUUUAGCGUUAAAUAAAAAUGGAGUACACUUUUUAGACAUGAACACACACGAAACCAUUCACCACUGGCCUUUUGCUGAAGUUAUUAGUACUAGGAAGGUUCGAUCCGAAGAUGGAGCUCUAUUUUUGGAUAUGAAAUGCGGUAACUUGUUACAACAACGAGUUACUAGGUUACAGACUGAACAAGCACAUGAGAUUUCCAGACUUGUAAGGCAAUAUAUUAAUUUAGAACAGGAGCACAGUACUAGGUUGCAUAAUUAGGAUUAUUUCUUGUUGUUUGCGGCCAAGUAAUUAUAAUUUAAAUUGUACAGGGUUGUCCAUUAGUGCAAAAUUAUUAUAGAUAAAAUAAAUGUUAAUUAUUUUUUAAAGUUAAAAGUUUUAUAUGAACAAUUAUUUAUUUUGAAAUAUGUCGUUGAUCUGUAAUAUUUUUUCAAAACCUUCACUAAUGAUACUCCCUGUAUAUAAAUUGCACUGCACGUUAACAAUUCACCUCAAUAGAGUAAAAAACCGUAUAUAAAAAUAGUUAAGUUUUUUUUCUUGCUAUUACAUUGUAAAGAUUUUCAAAGAAUAUUUUAUUAGAUCUCUGGGUAUACGAAAUGAUUCGUUGAUUUUGAACCAGAUAUGAUUUAGUUGAUGCGUUAUUGUUUAAUGUUAAAAUCAUAGAGAGUAAUAGCUUUAUUAAAACUUUUAGUUUUUAUAUACAAAUAUAUUGUAUGUUAAUAUUUGUGCAUAUAAGGGGUGUGUUUUUAUAAUAAUAUUGUCUUUUAUUUUUUACCAUUGAGUUUAAGAAUAUUUGAUAUACCGGGCGUCCGUGUGAAAAGGUCCGAUCGAUAUAUCUUUGGAGUCUUUGAAAUUAGAAACUUUAUUUUUAUACAGUGCUUCUUAAAAGUCCCCUCCCCUCUCUUUUAUUUGGAACAGUGAUACUUAGACUGAUGAAAUUUGGAGGGUGAAAAUGAAUUAUUGUAAGUUUCUCUACUAGUAGUAACAGGUGACGUAAUAGGCAUCGAUGACGUCACCAGGCAACUGAAGGCAAUAAUAUUAAAUGAGACCUUAUUUCAAGUGACACCUCGUUUGAAAGGUAUUAAGAAUACCUAUUCAUUCAUAAUAUUUUUUUGGAUUUACGAUGUUUUUGAUGGUUAAAAUAAGGUCCCAUUUAAUAUUAUUGGUUUCACUUCGCCUGGCGACGUCACCGAUGCCUGUUACGUCACCUGUUACCACUAGUAGAGAAGCUUACAAUAGUUAAUUUUCACCCUCCAAAUUUCAUCAGUCUAAGUAUCACCGUUUAAAAGAAAAUAGGGAGGGAGGGGACUUCUGAGAAGCACUGUAUAGGGGACACAGAGUCACCUCUACCACUCCAGGUAGCAAUUUUAAUUGGAACACCUUAUAUAAUUUUUAAUAUCAUUGAAAAGUUUAUAUAAAUAUUAGUGACAUUGUUGUUAAUUUUAGCGCCCUCUUUAGCUAUACAAAUUAUUACGUAAUCGCAAAUAUGAGAACUCAUACUCGUAUGAAAGCUAAUUUUAUUAGUAAUUGGAUAAACCUCAUUUAAUAUAGAAAAAUUAAAUUAUUUUUCAAAAGUCAAAUUAAAGUUAAAUUUGUUGUUUGAUGCAUUGAAUUAUUAAUAAAAGUAGGUUCUGUAUGAGAUGUAAAAAUGUUUAAUUUCAUAAUACUGAAUUUUGGACUGUUUGACCUGGGAGAAGCAGGGUCUUAGGUAGGGUAGUAGGAGGUAUACUAUAUUGUGUCCCUUGUGUAUAAAAUCCCUUUCAUCAGAAAUUAGGUCAAUUACUUUAAAUAUACGAGAGAUAUAUCUAAGAAUGCAAAAUUUUAUUUAGUUUAUAAAAAAGAAACUGUUAAAUAUAUGAUUUGUUGUCGUAGCACACUCUUCAUAUCCUUUUGUAUUUUUCAUUUUAUAAAUUAUAUUGACUAUGAUAAUCUGUAAAUGUUAUAUAUAGUUGUUAUGCGUUAUAUUUAUUUUAAAUACUGAAAACCAUGUAAAAUAAUAUUAUAUUUAGUAAUGUAUUGAUUUUAUUAUAUUGUUUGAUAGUUUUUAUGCUUGAAAUUGUAAUAUUUUCCAAAUUUGAGACUGUCUACUCACAGAUGGAAGCAAUCUUUGUUUUUUUUUUUUAUUUUAAUUAUACUUUCUUUUGUAAUUAUUAUUUCCUUUCGUUCAAAAUUGUUUUAUUUUUGAAAUAGUGGUGUAAGCGAG